CUUGCUCGAUUACUUCCUUCCCAAGCAACAAAAGUUUCUCCUCGUUUUAACCCUAACUGAUUGGGGGUGGAGACGGGUCCGGUACCCGGGUUUCCGUGGGUACCCGGCCCGACCUCUGCUUCAUCCCCACGGGUUUCAUGGCGGCAUUACCUUGUCUCGAUCUCCCAAGACCCGGAUACACACGGCUAAUUAAAGGGAUCACAAGCAAGGAUCGGAAAAAGGAUGAGCUGGACGGGAGGAGACUGGCUGUGCGGGGCGUGCCACCACGCAAACUUCAAGAAAAGAGAGAUAUGCCAGAAAUGCGGCUACCCGAAAUUCGGGGGCCCCGAUGCAUCGACGUAUCUGUACAACAGGACCGAGGUUUUGGCCGGAGACUGGUACUGCGCCGCGUUGAACUGCGGCAGCCACAACUACGCGAGCCGUACCAGCUGUUACCGCUGCGGAACGGUGAAGAACGACGGCUACUCGGACCAAUAUUACGGAGCCCAGAUGGUUGCCUAUGAAAACGAAGCCAAGGCUUAUCCUCCCGGCUGGAAAACUGGCGACUGGAUCUGUUCCAGGAUCGGGUGCGGGGUUCAUAACUACGCUAGUAGGGGAGAAUGCUACAAAUGCAAGACCUCAAGGGAUUAUGGUGGUUCCUAAUUCACAAGUUUAAGCACAAAAAGAUGGAAAGAACUCGAUAUAUAUAUAUAUAUAUGCAUAUACAUAUAUAUAUAUACACACAAAGGGAAAGGAGAGAUAUAUCACGUUGGUCAAAUCUCUUCUUCUUGUUGUUUCUUUCUGUUUUUUUUUUCUCUCUUGUGUUGUAAUGAAAUGUAGCCAUGUAAAAGCGACAACAAGGGUUGGCCACAUUAUAACGUGCAUGGCUUCUUACGUUGUUGCCUUGUUACAAAUACCACGCAUAAAACCUAGUCAUAUAUAUACAUACAUAAUUACAUAUAUAUAUAUAUAUAUAUAUAUUCUUUUUGAUGCGAACAUCAUGUAAAGGAGGGAAAAGAUAACAAUAAACUAAGAAAAUAAAAUACUAUUAAAAGAUCGAAAUCUGCAUCUUUAGCACAUGCACAUCAAUCGAUUUCACUCAAUUCUGUAACAUAACAAACACAAUGUAGAUAUACAUAUA